AGUUUAAUUCCAUUGUAAAUAACUACUUAAAUUUAUAUUUAUCAAUAGUUAUAUUAUUGUACAAAAUGAACGAUAAUGAAAUCGAAAGUUUAAAAGCUGAACUAGAACAUGAAAAAACAUGCAGAGAAGCAGCAGCAUGGCAAAAUGGAGAACUGGAAAAACAAAUAGUUUCGAUGCAAGAAGAGCUGCGUCACAGCGACUAUAUUUGGGACCACGACAACGACCUACAGAAAGAAAGCAAUCGCCACAAACAGCUGCUUGACGCUAUAGAGACUAUGAGAGAACAGUUACCUGUAUUAAAAGAGAAGAUAAAGAAUGCUAAAACUUGCGGGCCUGAUUGCAAGCUCAAACACGAUGAUCUUAAUAUUAAUUUGGACUUGCUGACUCCGGCCGAAUUGCUCCGUACAGUAAAAAGAUUUGAGAGGCUGAAGACAGAUUUAAUAAGCACAUUGCGUAGCAAAGAGUGGCGUUUAGAUUCAGAAUCUAAGCUUUUCGUCAGAGUGAACGACCAACGUACAUACUUACAAAACGAGCUUAUGAUAUGUCAAAACAAUAUAAUGCGUUUGCAGAAGAAUGGCUCUUAUUGGCAACAUGUCCCGCGCAAGAACGACGAGAGAAUCCUGGACCCAAAGCGAGGCCCUAUAAAGAGGAGCUUUGGCAACGAACGCCUCCCGCCCAUAGCUACAUAACAAUGUACAAGGAAAAAAAAACCUAGAAGUUAAAAAAUGUCACUUUACAUAAAUCAUAAUUCAUUGAAUUGAAUAGGCAUACCGCACCGAGGACUUUCUAUUAACACAAUAGUACAGCUCCAUCGGUCGGGUUAUACGAAAACGUUACUAACAAGCAAAGUUUUUGAACCGAAAGUGGUUUGUAUUUCUAUAAUUUUCAUAGGAAUUUUUUUUUUUUAAUAUAUAUAUAGCCUACAUUAAUCAUCAUCAUCAUCAUUAAAGCCGUUAUCUGUCCAAUAGUCUAUAUUAUUCGCUGAUAAAUAUAGCUUUUGUUGGAGUUUUAAUACUGGCUGUUGACACUGAGGUUUUUUAGAACAAUGUAUUAUUUUAAGUUUGUUCUAUGUCAGAUUUUUAUAAGACAUAUCUUGUAUUUUUUUUUACUAAACUUAUUAUUUUAUAUCUCAAAUACAUAUAUGUUUUACUACUGCAUCCUGCUAUUUACAACAGUUUUCUAUAGAUGAAAGAAUUUUUAAAGUUGGUUGAGUAGUUCUUGAGUUUAUUCAUUACAAAUAAACAUAUAAAACAUAAAUUUUUUUCUUCUUUAUAAUAUUAGUAUAAAUAAAUUAAUGUAAAAUGACAGUUUUAACUUCCAAAACUGUGACAGUUUGCCGUUAGUAAAGGACCAUAAUUCGAAAGUUGACCAUAGGUAGAUAUAUACACAUGUAAUUUAUCUGUAUAUGUAAACAGACAUAACAUUAGUAUUAUAUGUAGAUACAUCACAAGACAUAUCAGUAGUGAAACGUAUAGACAAAUGGUUGGAAAAGAAAUUCCUAAAUAAAAACAUUCUUAAUAGUUAGUGUAUUGAGGUGAGAAGAGAAAAAAUGUUGGGACACUUGAUACGACACGACGAACUUAUGAACAUUAUAAUAGAAGGUAAGAUAGAAGGAAGGAGGGGAAGGGGGAGACCAAGGCAUAGUUACAUCAGGCAGAUCAAGGAAGGAGUUGGUGUCGUGUCGUAUCAAGAGGUGAAGAGACUCGCUGAACAUCGUAGUGAGUGGCAAGAGCUCCACUGACUAGAGCGCAGCUCUUAAAUAGAAAAGGUAGAUAUAGUUAGCCACGAAAAUUUAUGUUACUUCUUUUAAGUACUUUCCUUUUGUUUUUUUUUUUUUUGUAUAUGUUUUGUUUUCUUUUUUUGAGUAGAUAUGUACCAAUAUCUGUUGUUAUUUGUGAGAUGAUUAAAAGAUAAAAUUUA